UGCCAUUGGACCUACCAAAUGGAGCUUGAGAUAAGCUCUCCACAUUUGGACCUUAGAUCCUGCAGUGACACGCCCUUCGCAUUGACCAAGUCGAAGGACAUCACCGCACACGAAGAAGAUAAUUUCCUGCGUGUGUUCGACUUUUCAGCGCUGCAAGUAUCAUUGAAAUUUUCGAUUGGACUCGAUCACGAUGGCAGGACUACCAGUGCCUGUGCCAGCCCCAGCAAAAGAAACAAUACUUUGCAUUCCUGAUCUUCAAGAAGCAGGAAGCAAGAAGCUAGACCCCAGCGUCAGAGGAUUCUACAAUAGCGGUUCAACAGAUCAAGUCACCAUUGCAGAGAAUAAUUCCGCUUACAACAAGUACCGCGUCCGCCCACGGGUCCUCGUCGAUGUCUCCAAAGCAGACACAUCGACCACAUGCCUCGGUCGAAAGAUCGCGUUCCCACUAUGCGUCUCGCCCGCUGGAGUCCAAGGCGCAGCUCAUCCAGACGGAGAGCUUGCGACAUCACGAGCAUGUGCCAAGAAGGGUGUGAAUAUGGGCAUCAGCUCCUUUUCAAACUUCUCGACACAUGAUGUUCGCUCAGCUGGUCUUGCAAUCGAUAGCGGUAUCGCCCACGCACAGCAACUGUACACCAUGCUGGACCGCAAGCUUCAGCUUCAGAUCAUACGCGAAGCGGAGAAGCAGGGCUGUAAAGCAAUAUUGUUGACGGCAGACAGUCCCGUGCUCGGUGUUCGCUACCAUGAAUGGAGGACUGAUUUUCGCGUUCCGAACCAUCUGGACUUUCCCAUCAUUGGCUGGAAGAAGGAGGAUGUUGCGAAUAGGACACAUGAUGAUGGAUUCAUGGGGUUCAACGAUUCGGCUCACAAUUGGGCACGAGAAAUUCCUUGGCUUCGCAGUGUCACCAAGAUGGAAAUAUGGAUCAAAGGUGUACUGACGGCGGAAGACACGCUCAAAGCGGUUGAAAUGGGCUGUGACGGGGUGCUUGUCUCGAACCAUGGCGGUCGCCAAUUAGAUGGCGUCCCAGCAACCAUCGAUGCGUUACCCGAAUGUGUUGAGGCCGCAGCCGGACGCAUCCCUGUACACAUUGACGGUGGUGUUCGAAGCGGGACAGACAUCUUUAAAGCUUUGGCUCUAGGCGCAGAAUGUGUUUGGGUUGGCAGGCCGAUGCUCUGGGGACUAGCGUACGAUGGCCAGAAAGGCGUCGAGCUCAUGCUCGACAUCCUACACACAGAGUUCAAACGUUGCAUGCAACUUGCCGGGUGCAAUACUGUCAAAGAUAUCACGAGGGCUUCACUCGGUGUGGUGAGGAAAGAUGGCCCAUUGGCUCGACUUUGAUGCAUUUUAUCAUGCUGUUCUCUGAGAUCUUUGUCCUUUGCGACUAGAGGUCUAGAUAUGUGCAGGUCACCGAGGAUGACCCGUACAGACAAUAAGGAGAGUACUCUUUCGCGACACUUCUAGCUCUCCGCAAGAAUUUUACCAUAUCAGAA